CAAAGUUUGUUAAAACUGUCACCAAAUCCAACUACUCCUUUCACGGUCCAAACCAAAAUCCCAAUCUCGCUUCACUAAAACUUGAUUUCCCAAUCUUCUCUAUAACUAAGGAUUUGUUUCAGAAGAUCUAGGGUUUUUGCAAAUGGAGAUUUCAGAGCAGAAAGUGGUUGCUGUUAUCAUGGUCGGUGGACCCACAAAAGGGACCAGAUUUAGGCCUUUAUCAUUCAAUACUCCAAAGCCUUUGUUCCCUUUAGCAGGUCAGGCUAUGGUUCAUCAUCCAAUUUCUGCUUGUAAACGGAUACCGAACUUGGCUCAAAUUUUUCUAAUUGGAUUUUAUGAGGAGAGAGAGUUUACAUUAUACGUCUCUUCGAUCUCUAAUGAGUUAAAAAUACCAGUGAGAUAUUUGAAAGAGGAUAAACCCCAUGGUUCAGCUGGUGGCCUCUAUUACUUCAGGAAUAUUAUCAUGGAAGACAACCCAUCGCAUAUCUUCCUGCUGAAUUGUGAUGUUUGUUGCAGUUUUCCGUUGACAGACAUGCUUGAGGCUCACAAAAGAUACGGUGGGAUGGGAACGGUGUUAGUAAUCAAGGUUUCUGCGGAAACAGCUAAUCAGUUCGGUGAGUUGGUUGCUGACCCGAUCACGAAAGAGCUACUGCACUACACUGAGAAACCCGAGACUUUUGUAAGCGAUUUAAUUAACUGCGGUGUUUACAUCUUUACACCCGAUAUCUUCACUGCCAUUCAGGAAGUCUCCACACAUCGAGAAGACCAAGCUAAUUUACGCCAUUUGUCAACCUUUGACGCACUGCAAUCUUUGACAAGGGCCUUUCCCCUUGAUUUUGUUAGAUUGGAUCAAGAUAUUUUGUCCCCAUUUGCGGGAAAGAAGCAGUUAUAUACUUAUGAAACCAUGGAUUUCUGGGAACAAAUCAAAACUCCGGGGAUGUCUUUAAAAUGUUCUGGUCUUUAUCUUUCUCAAUUUCGGUUAACUUCCGCUGAUCUAUUGGCUGGUGGAGAUGGAAGUAAAAGUGCUUUGAUUGUUGGCGAUGUUUAUGUGCAUCCCUCAGCAAAAAUACAUCCGACAGCAAAGAUUGGCCCCAAUGUCUCUAUUUCGGCAAAUGUUCGUAUAGGAGCUGGGGCAAGGCUUAUAAAUUGUAUUGUUUUGGAUGAUGUCGAAGUUCAGGAAAACGCUGUUGUUAUUAAUUCUAUUGUCGGAUGGAAGUCGUCUAUAGGGAAGUGGUCUCGUGUCCAGGCUGAUGGAGACUACAAUGCAAAGCUUGGAAUUACUAUCCUUGGAGAGGCUGUAAUUGUAGAAGAUGAAGUUGUUGUGAUCAGUAGUAUCGUUCUUCCGAAUAAGACCCUUAACUUAAGCGUGCAAGAUGAGAUCAUUUUGUGAGAUCGGAGAUGUCUUUCCAACGAAGUCCUUACUUUUAAACUUUCUUCCUUGUUUCACUACUAGCAUCGCCAACUAGCAGCAACUAUUGCCAUACAAGAAACUUUGUGCCCGAUUUUCGAGACGCAUCAAGCUCCGGUAGCAGCGAAGGCUUCUACAAAGUAAAUGUAACGUAAUGAAGGUUCCUACCAUAUCUGAACGGCUCAAAAAAAAAGUACUUCAAAUGGAUACGAAGAUUUAGGGAUCUCGAUGUUGCUUAUUUACAUUUGU